AUGUUGCCUAAGGAUAUUGAUGAUAGUGAAUGUACAGAUACCGAGAAUGCCAACUGUCUCGAUGAUCUGGUAGAAACUCUCAACACUACCAGAUUGGUUGACAGUACAAGGGAUGAAUCCGACGAGAACAAACUGGUAACUGUAGAAAGAGAUGGCUCAGAUAGAAAAGAAUUGGUAUUUACAUUCACUCCUUCAUCAGGGUUCUCUGAUAAAACUACCGGUAAAUCGCAAUUUGGCUCCAUAGGCUUAGAUAGUGAUUCUUUAUCAGGGGAAAGCUUAUCAUCCGUAAUCGAUGACAUCCGCUCUUACAAAACGUCAUCCACAGAAAGAGAUUCUGAUGCUGGCUCUCUGGGUAGUCUGGCUAAAUCAUCCUCAUUUGGAAGCACAGGGGUAUCUGGGAGUAUUUCCGUGGUAAAUGAUAACUCUGACUCAGAAAUUGGUGAUUACAGUGAUACCUAUGAUUGCAAUGCUAGUGAUAGUGAAGAUCCAAAGGGCUACGUACCUGGUGGCUAUCAUCCUGUUAAAAUAGGUGAUAUCUACGAUAAUCGUUACCGAAUUGAGGCAAAACUGGGUUGGGGCUAUUUUUCAACUGUAUGGUUAGCUUCUGACCUACAAGCCCGUCCGCAUUCUUUUGUUGCCAUAAAAGUUCAAAGAAGUGCCAAGGCACAUACCAAUGCAGUUUAUGAUGAAAUUUCACUACUUAAAAAAGUACGCGAUGGCGUAUUAUCGGAGAAUUGGAUGUCUUACAAGGGCGCAUAUACAGACUUACUUGGUGAUUUCUACAACAAGACGCGCGGAGUAAUUUCAUAUUUAAGGGAUUUUCGCGUUUCAGGUCCGAAUGGUGAGCAUGUUUGUGUUGUUUUCGAGGUAAUGGGUCCAAACUUGCUGACUUUAAUCAAGUUGUACAAAUUUAAUGGGAUUCCAAUGGAGUUAGUUCGCAAGAUAACAACACACGUACUUAUUGGACUGGACUAUUUACACAACGUAUGCGGUAUAAUACACACUGACAUUAAGCCUGAGAACGUAUUAGUGACAUCACCUAUUGUUUCAUACACUCCACUCUCUGCAAAUAAACUGGAUUCAGAAACCGAAGACACUGAUACUACCUUGGGAAAUACAUGUAAAAUUCCAUAUGUGAAAAACAAAAUUAAGCCGAGAAUGAGUGAUCCAUCGCUUGUAACAAGUUAUAAUAAUAUGCACUCACUACAGGACACGCUAUAUAGGCGUCCUUAUCAUCAUAUUCCUUGGAAUGUAAUGAAACCUAUCUUGAACCUGAAUAAAGGUAAUAUAAAUCCAGAUUUAUACCACCCAUAUGUUCUUGAUAGCGUGGGUGUGAAUCACAAAUUUAGAUUCAGAAGAGAAAAACCUCCUACGGUUGUAAAAACUGUAGAAGGAAACGUGCAGCUUCAUCCAAUUAGCACAGAUGCGUUUGAAAGGAAUGAUGCUAUAUUCAAAAUCUGUGACCUUGGAAAUGCAUGUUGGAUCAACAACCAUUUUACAGAAGAAAUCCAAACGAGGCAGUAUCGAUCCCCCGAAGUUAUCCUUCGUUGUGGAUACACACAAACAUCAGAUUUAUGGUCAUUGGCAUGUAUGAUAUUUGAACUUGUGACUGGUGACUAUCUAUUCGAUCCCAGGGGUGAGGAUGCUAAUGAUAGGGACUUUCACCAUCUACAAUUGAUUGUUGAACUCUUGGGUCCAAUUCCAAAAAAGAUGUAUCUAAAUAGUAAAAAGGCCCAAUCAUUGCAAAUAUUCAAAGUCAACAAUAUUAAAAGAUGGCCAUUAGAGUCAGUGCUAAUUCGCAAAUAUAAAGUCGAUAGUAAAGUUGCUUCUGAGCUUUCAGACUUUUUGUUAUGCAUGUUAAAGAUAUCUCCAUCGGAUCGAAUGUCAGCCAGCGCACUUUUGCGCCACAAAUGGCUCCAAAUACGAAACUGUAACACACUUUUAUCUAGUACAACAUAA